AUGGGUCACAUGUCUCCAGUGUCUACCCCCUCUCCUUACGUCAUCCCUCAUACUUCUGUCAUGAAGAAAUCCUCAAACAAGAUUAGGGUAGUUUUUAAUUCCUCAAGCCCUGAUAAAACCCGCAAACCCUUGAACGAAAGGUUACUUCUUGGCCCCAAGCUGCAAAAAGAGUUGCCUCACGUCCUCAUUUCCUUCCGCCAACAUCGUAUUGCCCUAUGCUCAGACCUCCGGAUGAUGUACCGUCAAAUUUUGGUAGAUCCUGAGGACAGGAAAUACCAACAAAUUUUUUGGAGGCCAUCCCCCACUUCUCAAAUCCAGGAGUUCGAAUUGAACACGUUUCCCUUAGCUUCGAGAGCAAUCCUCGACGAAACGCACGCCGACGAUGUCGUUUCGGGUACAGACACGUUCGAGGAAGCUCUUCGUCUGCGCGCCGAGCUCACUGCACUCCUUUCUCUAGGUGGUUUUGAGCUGAGAAAAUGGAUGUGCAGCGAGCUGACCCUUUUAUCGGACCUUCCUAUCGAUCAAAUCGAACCUCUCAUUUUUCCCGAUACUGAUGCCAGCCCGAAAAUUCUUAGACUGACAUGGGAUCCAAAAACGGAUUGUUUUGGUUACAAAGCAAAGCCACGCCAGCCGAUGAUGGCUGAUCUUCCUCCCUCUCGUGUUGUCUGUUCGAGAGCUUUCCUCCGCACGGGCGUGGAUUUGGCUGGUCCUUUUCCAAUAAAGUUCAGCCAAAUGCGGAACGUCUCGACAACGAAAGGUUAUAUGGUUCUAUUCGUGUGCAUGAGCACCAGGGCUACCCAUCUGGAAGCGGUAUCUGACCUCACCACCUCGGCCUUCCUUGCGUGCUUAAACCGCUUCGUCGCUCGCCGCGGACUCCCAGCGGAGAUGUUCUCCGACUGCGGAAAAACUUUGAUUGGAGCAGCGAACAAGUUAAAGGAAGCUGCCUCCUUCUUAGUGGAAAACGAACAAGAAAUUUACUCCCGGUUUUGUUCCUUAGGGUUCACUAAGACGUUUAAUCCUCCAGCCGCCCCGAAUUUCGGUGGGCUUUGGGAAGCCGGCGUGAAAAGUGCCAAGUGUCUUCUCAGCAGGAUGGUGGGUGACGGCCCGUUGACCUUCGAGGAGUUCUCCACAUUGCUGUGUCGCAUCGAAGCAACAUUAAAUAGUCGACCGCUGUGUUUCGUUUCGUCCGACCCUCACGACCAUUUUGAUUAUUUGACGCCCGGUCAUUUUCUUGUAGGCGCCCCUCUUGUUGCUCCUCCUGAACCGCCUUUAGAUUUAGAUCAAAAUCUCAAAACACGAUGGAGUCGAAUCAACCAAUUUUCCCAAUUCUUCUGGAAAAGGUGGUCAAAAGAGUACCUCCACACGCAAAUACAGCGACAUAAAUGGACUCGAAAUCCGGAAAAUCUAAAGGAAGGUGAUAUCGUUUACCUCUAUGGCACCAACUCUAGCCCUCUUAGUUGGCCUAUAGGUCGCGUCGAAGAGGUGCAUCCCGGUUCCGACGGCGUUGUACGGGUCGUCUCGGACCGCACUUCCGGCGGCUUGUACGUCAGACCCUCUAACAAGUUCUUCCUCCCCCUCAAUCCUCCUCUAUUUAAAAUCCUCCUUCCCUUGUAA